AUGAAUCAGAACAAAUUCGAAAUGAGGGAAGGCGUGUACAAUGAAAAGGGAGGCAGGGGUAACAACGGGGACAUUGAACCCGAGGGAUUUAACGCAGAAGAGUUGCAAAGCUUUUUUACCACUUGGAAAAAAUUCUGCAAAGAAAAAAUAAACGAAGUAGGGGAGAGAAAAAAUUUCCUCGUUUUUGACAAGGAGAAGGAUCUGGACGGUGGAAACAAUGAGUAUUUUAAUUCAUACAACUAUAUCCACAUACAUGAGGACAUGAUAAAGGAUGAAGUGAGGACAAGGACUUACUACGAUGCCAUUAGGAAGAACCAACAUUUAAUAAAGGACAAAAUAGUGUUAGACGUGGGAUGCGGAACAGGAAUCCUCUCCUUCUUUGCUGCCAUGUCGGGGGCAAAGCAUGUAUACAGUAUUGAAAAAAGUAACAUCAUCUACACAGCGUUAAAAAUUAGAGACGAAAAUAAUUUAACAGACAAAAUAACUUUCUUGAAAGGACUGGCUGAAGAAAUCGAACUUCCGGUAGAUAAGGUCGACAUAAUAAUAUCAGAGUGGAUGGGUUAUUGUCUCUUGUAUGAAAAUAUGCUGGACACGGUUCUUUACUGUAGAGACAAAUGGCUAAGGGAAGGAGGAUUGCUUUUUCCGGAUAAGGCAUACAUGUACAUUGCUGGCAUUGAAGAUAGUUUAUAUAGGGAAGAAAAAUUUGACUUUUGGAAAAAUUGUUAUGAACUAAAUUACACUUCAGUUUUGCCAAUAUUAAAGGAAGAAGUCGUUAUUGAUUAUGUAGACAAAAAUUUUAUCGUAACUGAUACAUGCUGUAUACUAGAUUUGGACUUAAACACUUGCACAAAGGACGACUUAUCCUUUGCUUCUCCCUUUCGAUUAAAAAUGAUCAAAAGGGAUUAUUUGCAUGCACUGGUCAUAUGGUUUGAUGUUUCAUUUUCUGCGUGCCACACAGACAUCAGCUUUACCACUGGGCCAUACGGGGGACACACACAUUGGAAGCAGAUCGUGCUGUAUACGGACCACGUACUCACUGUGGAGAAACACGAAGUGAUGCGCGGAAUGUUUGCGCUUAGGAAAAACGGCAAGAAUAAUAGGCACAUCGACAUGAAGCUUCAUUACGUUUUCGAAGGCGCCCACACACGCGCGCGCGCCACGCAGUUCUUCAACAUAAGCUGA